CGAUUUUAUCAGAUAAGCUUCCAAUUUCAUAGUAACGUGAGUAAUAUCCCUAAUAAUACCUUCGUAAAUUAGCUCGCAAAUGUGGAGGAAUGAAAGGGAUUUGUCUGGUUGUAUUAUUAACGAUUCGUAUCUACGUGCUUUUAGCGAUAGAUAUUGAAAGGCCACAAUGCUUUCAUUUCACAUGGCCAGGUGCAGGAGUCGACGAGUUGAACUGCACGGCACACAAUGAAAAUAAUCCACGUACUCCUUGUAUGCAAUACUACAACGAUACAACCAAGCCAAAUACAACCAAGAUAUGGGAGAAUCGACAUACAGACAACGGUAUUUAUUUCCAACCGAUGAUACCUGGUCAUGUCUGUAUAAGAUAUUCAUAUAUAUACAGCGGCGCAGUUAUAAACGUCAGUUAUUUCCGUGGGAAAGUCACGGAAGACCAGGUAACGUCGGUUAAAUCAGGCUGUUACGUCCAAUACACUGAAGGGUACAGUAUCGAAGUAUGUGUCUGCCAAUCUAAAGAGAACGCUAUGCCCUGCAACUCAACAAUAAGAAAUACAAACUCGAUCCUGAUUACUUUUGUAACUGCAGCCAUUUCGCUGUUUAUAUAUAAAAUUUUCGAUAUUCCCUGAUCUUUUCACUUUAAUUCUCUUUUGAUAUGAAUGAAAUUAUACAAAUUAUAUAUACAUAUAUAUUUAUAUUUAAUAUUUAUUACAAGUUAUGUGCAGUUAUAUCAAUCAGACGUAUAUCUUUUUACAAUUUUGUAAAAUGCGCAAUAUAUUUAAAUUAUAUACAGAAACGAAUCAAUUGUGUACCUUAUAAUAUGUCUAGCGCAAUUAAAAAAUAAAUAUUCGUAUAUAUA